CCCAUGUUCUGCAUUAAUAAGUGACUGGGCUGGUCCCCCUAUAUAAAGGAGACGCGCCCACUGCUCUGCUCUGUCUCUCCAUAUACACGCCAAGAUGAGCUUCGGGUCUGAAUCCUUCUCCGCCUCCUCCUACCGCAAGAUUUUUGGGGAUUCUCCCCGUUAUGCGUCCUCUCCGUCGCGGUCAACCGUUAACAUGUCCUCCAGGACAGGUUACCGGUCCUCCUCUGCGUCCCGGAGCAGCGCAUCAGCCCUGGGCUCGUACAACAGAAAGUCCGGCCGCUCCAUGCCACUGGAGACCUUCGACCUGACACAGAGCAAUGCCCUCAACAAUGAGUUCAAAAUUGUCCGUACCAAUGAGAAGGAACAAAUGCAGGGUCUCAACGACCGCUUUGUCAUGUUUAUCGACAAAGUGCGCACCUUGGAGCAGCACAACGCAGUGCUGGAGACGGAAUUGACCGCUCUGCGACAGAGGCAGGCCGAACCGUCCCGCUUGGCGGAGCUCUACCAGCAAGAGAUCCGCGAACUGCGCUCCCAGCUGGAGGAGCUGAGCGGGGAGAAGUCCCAGUUCAUGAUAGAGAGGGAUUCCGUCGAGGACGAGCUGCAUAAGGUCAGGGGGAAAUACGAAGACGAGUUCCGCGCCCGUGAGGAAGCUGAGGCCACCCUCAAGGCUUAUAAGAAAGAUGUGGAUGAUGCCACCAUGGUGCGCCUGGACCUGGAGAAGAAGGUAGAAUCUCUCCUGGACGAGAUCAACUUCCUCAGGAAGGUGCACGAGGAGGAGGUGGUCGAGCUGACGGACAUGAUCCAGGCUGCCCAGGUGUCCGUGGAGAUGGAGGUGGCGAAGCCGGACCUCACCUCCGCCCUGAAGGAGAUCCGAGGCCAGUACGAGUCCAUGGCGUCCAAGAACCUGCAGUCCGCCGAGGAGUGGUACAAGACCAAGUUCGCCGACCUGUCCGAGCAGGCCGGCAAGAGCAAUGACGCCAUCCGCGCCAGCAGGGAGGAACUGAACGAGUACAGGAGGCAGCUGCAGUCCAAGACCAUCGAGAUAGAGAGUCUGAGGGGAUCCAACGAGUCUCUGGAAAAGCAGCUGCGGGAGAUGGAGGAAAGGCACAAUAUGGAGAUUGGAAACUACCAGGACAACAUGAUGGAGCUGGAGAACGACCUACGGGCCACUAAGGGCGAGAUGGCUCGUCACCUCAGGGAGUACCAGGAUCUGCUGAAUGUCAAGAUGGCACUGGAUAUUGAGAUUGCAGCUUACAGGAAACUGCUGGAGGGUGAGGAGACCCGCAUCGGGACUGGGAUCAGCUUUCCCGGCUCCUCCAUGAGCAGCAUCAGUUCCGGGCAAGGCUACAACUACCAGAGCCGCAUGUACAGCAGCUCCGGCAAGAGCUCCAAGAGCAAGGACGAGGAGCCGCAGCAGCAGAGCAAGCUGGGCAAGGUGACCCAGCGCGAGGUUUACGAGGAGACCGUUGUCACCACCAAGAAGAUGGAGAAGCAGCAAGACCCCAGCGAAAAUUCCACCAAUCAGAAAAACUAAGAGCCUAUACUGUAAGCUAGUUUUCGACCCUUAACCCGCCAUACUUCUAUUCAUGUCCCAAGCUAGAACAAACCCUGAGCCUUCACACUUACACACUUGUGGGCGUCUACGUUGAACGCCUUGCCUUGUAUUAUAAGCAGAUGGUCAUGGUUUCUAUCUGCUAAAUGUCCACAAGUGUGUGAGUGAGUGUGGGAUUUAGAUGUUUGUUCUACCCUUCCCGUUUUCCCCUUUCCCCCCACAUGUGUUCCCCAAAGGAAAUCCAUUAUACAUCGUCUGUAACAAUCACUCUUUACAAAAAACACAGUGCACUCUCUUUAUAGUUCACACACUCAAACAAUAACAAGCACUUACGUAGCAUCUCUUACAGAUCUUUCAGAAAGUAAUAUUAUACUGGUCUUUCACACUACUGAAACACGACAGAUAAUAAAAACUCUGGUCAUGCACAACUACCACAAGCUGUGAGGUACUCUCAACACAUUCCAAUGGAAGCAUGUGUGUGCAUCCACUUACACAGAAAAAACAACCUGCGACAGUUCAGUGAGGAAGCACACAGUUCAAGGAAACCCAUAGUGUAUUGCUGAGCCAAUAUUUCAAAGACUAAUUGUCAGGUACUUGAGGAAAUAGUGUCGUUGCACAAUCUUUUCACAUCAUUCUCUUUAAACUCCUUCUUAACUUCCCCGGUGAAGUUUCAUUCCCAGAAGUGGAUUCCCUAAGCUAUUUAAAUAAAAUGUAAGUCAAACAGCAAAAUAAUAAUCGAGCAUAAUUUGCAUGUUGUAUAGAUGAUUGCAUGGAAUCCAUCGGCCCAUUUCUCUUUGGACACAAUAGCCGCGUUCACACCGGAGUACUUUUCCCACUUUAGUUCCGAUAUAGUUCCGAAAUGUCGCGUUCACACCAAAA